CCCGAUUCAUCGUUUCAAACCCGGUACCACGCCUGGAGCCCGACUUGACCAAAAAACAGUACAGUGAGACGCAUCCCACACCGUGCACGCUACAACACUCAAUCCCCCCAUCCAAUUCCCACUUUACCGCUCAAAAUUAGGGUUCAUUUUAAGCUCUGCAAAAUAUUGAAAAACCCUAACGAAGCUCGUACAAACACUGUGUGUGUACAUUGUAUCUAUAAUUCGAGCAUGGCGAACGAAGCAGACAUGAGUAGCUGGACCGAUCUUCUCCAUUCUUCAUCAAAACUCGUCGAACAAGCCGCUCCUUCCGCUCAAUUUCCGCCUCUUCAGAGGAAUUUGGAUCAAUUAGAAGCAUUGUCGAAGAAGCUUAAAUCGAAAACAUUGCGAACCGAAGCUCCCUCGCAGUCCAUUGCUGCUACUAGGCUUCUUGCACGAGAGGGGUUAAAUGCCGAGCAGCUUGCUCGAGAUCUUAAGUCGUUCGAACUGAAGACUACAUUUGAAGAUGUUUUUCCCGCCGAAGCAACAAGUGUUGAAGAAUACCUGCAACAGGUCCAUGAAAUGGCAAUGGUAUCUGCUGUCCAGGAAGCCCAGAAAGAUAACGUUAGGAGCUUUAAUGAUUAUAUGAUGACAGUAUUGGAGGAGGACUGGCAAAAGGAAAAACGGGACUUCCUUCAGAGUUUAAGUCGCAUCACAUCAUUACCUAGGACAAAUGUGGGUGGUUCAAGUCCCGCCAGUGGUCAUCACAAUCAAAUGGUAUCCGUUUCUAAGCCCCAUCUUUCACCUAUGUCAUCUCGGAUGGAGCUAGCACCUCCAGCUGAUAAGUCCGUUGCUGAGAAAAAAGCUGCAGUGUAUGCUCAAACUGUCAAGACCUUGAACGAUGCUAGGGAGUGCGGCUUACCAUUUAAACCUGCCACAGCUUUCAAGAGUGCCUAUGAUAGUUUAAAUCUGGAUACUUCUGGUGGUAAAUCAGUAAGCAUGCAGAAAAUAUGGCACCUAAUUCAGAUGAUGAUGGGUGAGGAUUCAUAUCCUCAACAAAAUGUUUCAAAGAAAAUGUCACUGAUAAUUGGUGCAAGGCGUCACCUUGAAUGGGGGCAUGAGAAACAUGUCACUGAAACGAUACAAAGUCAUCCUGCUCAGGCUGCUCUGGGUGGAGCCGUUGGAAAAUUGCAACGAAUUCAUGCCUUUCUACGGAUUAGGUUGAGGGACUAUGGUGUGCUUGAUUUUGAUGCUGGCGAUACUCGUAGGCAGCCUCCUGUUGAUACUACUUGGCAGCAGAUAUAUUUCUGCUUAAGAACUGGGUACUAUGAUGAAGCUAAAGAUGUUGCAUCAUCCUCUCGUGUAUCUCAACAGUUUGCUUCCCAGCUUAAAGAGUGGAUUUCUUCUGGAGGCAUGGUAUCAGCUGAGACUGCUGCUUCUGCUGCAGAAGAAUGUGAAAAAAUGUUAAGAAUGGGUGAUCGAGUAGGGCGAACUGCAUAUGACAAAAAGAAGUUGCUCCUAUAUGCAAUUGUCUCUGGUUCUCGGAGGCAGAUUGAUCGAUUGCUUAGAGAACUGCCUACUCUUUUCAAUACUAUUGAGGAUUUCUUGUGGUUCAAAUUGUGUGCUGUACGAGACCAACCAGGUGGAUCCUCCUUUGUCCUUAAUGAUGGGUCGUCUCCUUACACUUUAACUGAUUUGCAAGCUUACUUGAAUAAGUUUGAGCCAUCAUACUAUACAAAGAAUGGAAAGGACCCGCUGGUGUAUCCCUAUGUUUUGCUAUUGAGUAUACAGUUACUACCCGCUAUUUUGUACCUGUACAAGGAUAUGGGAAAUGAAGCGUAUAAUAUAGAUGCUGUUCAUAUUUCAAUUGUGGUGGGGGACCAUGGAAUACUUGCUGAAGGUUUUGGAGCUGGUCAGACACUAGGGAUGAUGGAUGCUUUUGCAGAGGCAUCUAGUUUGAUUAGGCAGUACGGGGCACUUUAUUUACAACAUGACGAUCUUUUAAUGGCACUGGAAUAUUAUGCACAAGCUGCUGCGACAAUGGGUGGAGGGCAGCUGUCAUGGACUGGAAGAGGAAGUGCAGAUCAGCAAUGGCAGAGAACAUCAAUGCUAAAGCAACUUCUGAUGGAGCUGUUGUUACGUGAUGGUGGAAUACAUCUUUUGCUCGGUUCAAGGGGUGCAGGGGAAGAAGGUGAGCUUGGAAGAUUUUUGACAGAUGGAAAAUCAAGACAACAGUUUUUGCUUGAAGCUGCUCGCCAGUGUCAGGAAGCUGGACUGUAUGAAAAAUCUAUUGAGAUUCAGAAAAGGGUUGGGGCAUUCUCUGCUGCUUUGGAUACGAUAAACAAAUGUCUUUCAGAAGCAAUCGGUGCUCUAUCACGGGGAAGAUUGGAUGGUGAGAGUCGUACUGCUGGGCUCAUCCACUCUGGAAAUGAGCUUGUGGAGACUUUUAAAUAUUAUCCUGAAGUCAGUCUUCAAGAAAGAGAACAAGUUCUGGAGCAGCAAAUGGUGUUAAGACAACUUGAGACCAUUCUAUCAAUCCAUAAGCUGUCCAGACUGGGUAAUCAUAUAGAUGCUCUGAGGGAGGUGGCAAGACUUCCGUUUCUGCCUCUUGAUCCACGUGCACCAGAUGUUAAUGUUGACGUGUUUCAGAGGUUAUCUCCUCAUGUCCAAGCUUGUGUGCCUGACCUUCUUAAAGCCGCUCUUCAUUGUUUGGACAAUGCAAUUGAUACUGAUGGAUCACUUCGUGCUUUGCGAACCAAGAUUGCAAAUUUCCUUGCAAACAAUUUGAAUAGAAAUUGGCCUCAAGACUUGUAUGAAAGAAUUGCUAGAAGCCUCUGAUGCCAAAUCUAUAAAUGACAGUACACAAAUUUGCAGGGUUGGUUAACUUAAAUUGUUUAGCUCCUAGUUCCAGUGAGAAAUCAUUGUCUAUUAAAUCUGUUUUGCUUUCACGAGCAAUGGUUUAGUUUUGUGGGAGAAGCACAGGUAAGACACUUCUAAGUUUGAUGUUUAGUUGACUGUCAUGCUUGUAAUGUUUUUGAAGUUAUAUAAAGGGCAGAUUUAUGGUUGUGAA